GUUUCAAACAGAUUCAACGGAUUCAAUCGCAAUUUUCUAACCUUACUUUUUAUUUCUUGUUUAUUUGCAAAAAUUGUUGCAUUUGCCAAAAUGUGCUCCGGAAGUGGAAACUUAACAUUAAGCUUACAAGAGGCAGAUGUUGUUUAUGAUAUUGUUGUAUCCCAGGAGGAUUAUAAUCUCGCCACAACAGAUAUGAUUUUUGCCCAAGAAUUACUAAAUAACCAUAAGGAAACUUUGCAAAACACUGUAGUGGAAAAGUCACCAGAAGAAAGGUACCUUACACCCAGUACUUCUACAUAUAGUGAAGAUUCACAGUCAAGCGAAGCAUCUUGGUCUGAUGCCGAAACACUAUUGUUGAUAUCUUUAUAUCAUGAAAAUAAAGAUGCCUUUACGAAUGCAAAAAAACGGAAGCAUGUUUGGGAAAUAAUAGCGGAGCAAAUGUCUGCACAUAAUUAUUUUCGCAAACCCGAAAAGUUGGAAAGGAAGUGGACCAAUUUACUACGGGUAUACAGGUCUAUAAAAGAUAACAAGGGCCCCAAGAAAAGUGGAAGGGGGGCACAACAUUAUAAAUAUUAUAACCAUAUUGACGAAAUUAUUGGCGAUAAGCCAUCACCUCUGAACCACAAGCUGUUAUUAAUGUAGGCAUCAAUAGAACAACAGUCCCUGGAUUAGAGACACAUGCAGAUACUGACAAAGAAGAGAAUAUAGAGAGUGAAGGAACAAGCGGUACAUCUACGCCAACACAAUCAAUUAAUGAAACACCAUUAAAGAAGCGUAAGGUAUAUAACUUGGCAACGGAAAGGUUGAAACAAAAAGAGGUGCGCCAUAAGGAAAGAAUGGAAUUGGAAAAAGCAAAAAUUAAACUAGAAGAAAAAAAAGUUACUUUAUUGGAAAAAUAUUUAAAGA